AUGCCGUUUGAAUCUGAAGACAAUAAUCAAAAGCCACCCUCAACGACGACGACGACAAAAGUCCAACAAAGCAUGGGUCACCAGCCACCGCCCCAAACCGACCCGCUUCACUGCCCGCGCUGCGAUUCCACCAACACCAAGUUCUGCUACUACAACAACUACAACCUCGCUCAGCCCCGCCACUUCUGCAAAUCCUGCCGCCGCUACUGGACCCAAGGCGGUACCCUCCGCGACGUCCCCGUCGGCGGCGGCUCCCGCAAGAACUCCAAGCGCUCUCGCUCCACCACUUGCUCCUCCUCUUCCUGCUCGCCUUCCUCUUCCUCGCUCACCCAAGAGGUCACCUCAGUCGCUACAGCGAAACCCGUUUCCUUAUCCGCUGAAGUGAAGCCAGAGCCGGCCUCAGAUGUGGACCAUUUGAUGGACCUGAACGAGAACGUGGUCGGGAACGGGGGUUUUACUUCGCUGUUGAAUUCUCAGGGACCACCUCCACCUGGGUUCUUGGCGCUUGGUGGGUAUGGCUACGGGUACGGGUACGGGUCGGCGUUUGGUCACGGGAUUGAUGAAGUGGGCGAUGCUUUUGGCCAUGGCGGCAAAGGGGUUUGGGCUUUUCCUGAGGUCGGUGAUUUUCCAAGUACUGUCAUUGACCAUAACAAUAACAAUGGUACUCCUUCCGGGUGUAACACGUGGCAGAUGACGACCAGUGCUGAUGGUGGAUUUGUCGAUGGGGAUUGCUUUGCUUGGCCGGAGCUUGAGAUUUCCAUGAUGCCUGCUUCAGGCAAAGCUUUCAAGUAA